GGCAAUGCUGAGGGUUUCCCAGAUAUCUCAAUGUCGUCCGUCAUGCAGUUGGGACUCCUUGCCCGCAGUGUUGCAUCCUCCGAUCCUGGUGAAGUUGGUAUUCGAAGAACUUUUCAGGCUUCCCUUGGUUUCGAAAUACUCUUUCAGUGCCUCACAGAAGGUGGUUACGUGCGGAGAUUAGCCCAUUUCAGCCCUUGGGUAUUCAGAGGUUAAUGGAAGUAAAGGGGGAUUCUGGCAUUGGAUGUGGUAGUCGAGGGGAAGACGACAAAACUGGAUCUGCCCGUGGCUUCAUGGCACCAUCGCUCAGCUUGAGAAGCGCGACGAUCUUUUCACUGAAACCAAGAGUUUUAUUGGGGUUCACGAGACCAAUGUUUUGCUGGUUUGCAGGCGAUGGAGUUUGUGAACAGCGGCGGCCGGCUGCGUUGUUGCGAAAUGGCAUGAACGUACAGAUGUCUGCUGGAAAAGAACCAGGACAGUCGGUGGAAGGCGAACUGGAACGCCUCAAAGUGUGCUCCCCCACGCCGGGGAGUUGGGAUGCCUUACCCGCGGAGUUACAUAAUCCGAUCCUGGUGAAGUUGGUAUUCGAAGAACUUUUCAGGCUUUCCUUGGUUUCAAAAUACUUCUUGAGCGUCCCUCAGCAGGAUAGCUUCAGAAGGUUACGCGCGGAGGUUUGUCCCGCAGAGGGUCACUUCAGUCCUUUGGUAUUCUUUGUGGAGAAAGGGCAGUGGAACAUAUUAGGGUUUGAUAGCCUGAGUGGAAAGUGGAGAAGGUUGCCACCACUGAGGAGCCCGAUUCCAAUUCCAGAGCCGGAAUUAUUCAAGGAUUUCCUGGUUGCUGGCCAUGUUGGUCUUUUCUGCAUGAAUGUUGGUAAAGCCUCAGAAUCCGAGAAGCUGUUAGUCACCAACCCUUUGGCUGGCGAAGUGUAUCCAUUACCCGAUUUGAUCCACCCCCGUCACCCGGUGGCCUUAUCCCUGCACGUGACCAAAACUAAAAAGACCAUCUGCGACUCAACCUUCCGAGUAAUAGCGGUCGGCAGUGCAGCAGUUGGUUCAGAGCAUAGAUCAAGGAAAACGGAAGUUUAUUGCUCUUCCAAGGGAAAUUGGGAAGUUCUUGAGGAUGUUCCAGGGACAUACUUCUCAGUGAAUGACUACCAGACCGGAGUAUACUGUGAGAACCAGAACGUAUUGUUACUUACAGGGUUUAUGGUUAACGGAAGUAAAGGGAUUCUGGCCUUGGAUGUAGCCAAGGGGAAGUGGCGACAAAACUGGAUCUGCCCAUAUCUUCAUGUUCCUCCGGAUGGCAACCCUGACGCGACAAUCCACUUUGCCAUUGCUCAGCUUGUGAAGUGCGACGACGUAAUCUAUCUUUUCACUGAACAAGAGGCUAUUGGGAAAGUCACACAUUGCAUUGACAGGCUGGACUUGGAGAAAGAAGGAGGAUUCACGUGGACAAGGAAACUGGUACGCCAGAGACAAGGAAACCGAGCCCUGCUAGUCUACCCGGAAUUCACAUGCGUCCCAAUCAAGGAGAACAAGCUCUGUAUCUACAAUACAAUCGAGAGGACUGGGGUAGUGUAUGAAAUGGUGGAGGGCCUUAUCGACCCUAGUAACUACGAGUCGUUACCUAAACCUCCUCCAAUGCACGAUGUAGUCAGGUUUCAGAGUCUGAACCCUGUUGGAUACGCUUUUGAACCAAGUUUUGGGGUAUCAUUUCCAGAACUUAAAAAAAGCCCAAAGCCGAAAAUUCUUGGUGAUUCGAACCAAGCAAGUCCUAGUGGGUCCUCCAAGGUAGCAAGUCAUGACAUACACCUAUCAUAGAACAUUGACUACAUGGGUAAGUAACUAUUAAACUCUUCCAAUUAGUUGUGUUGUGCGGAUUUUAUCUCAUGUGUUCGGAGUUGUUAUUUUUGUUUUAGCUUUGGGAGUAGGAGCAAAUCAUUGGCAAUCAAUCUACUAGUUAAAUAAAUCGAUUUGCUCGUUUGUUGUAAUGGUCUCCUAUUUUGAUAUUGGAAGAGAUCAAAAGAAUAUUUAGCGAAUAUAUGAACUAAAUUUGGAAUUUCAUCUUCUGAUCUAAUUCUGAAUUUGUCCCCAAAAUUUUUGCAAA